AUGGCUCAGUCCGGUGUACAAUCGCUGAAGUGCGUCGUUACGGGCGACGGUGCGGUCGGCAAGACAUGCCUCCUCAUCUCUUAUACCACAAAUGCCUUCCCCGGCGAAUACAUCCCCACUGUGUUCGAUAACUACUCUGCGAGCGUGAUGGUCGAUGGCAAGCCUAUCAGCCUCGGACUUUGGGAUACGGCCGGCCAAGAAGAUUACGAUAGGCUCAGGCCUCUGUCCUACCCCCAAACCGAUGUCUUCUUGAUCUGCUUCUCUAUCGUCAGCCCCCCAUCCUUCGACAACGUCAAGGCCAAGUGGUAUCCCGAGAUCGACCAUCAUGCCCCUAAUAUCCCCAUCAUCCUUGUUGGUACCAAGCUCGACCUCCGAGAAGACCCCGCCACGCUCGAUGCCCUUCGCCAGAAGCGCAUGGAACCUGUAUCCUACGACCAGGCCUUGCUCUGUGCGAAGGAAAUCAAGGCCCACAAAUACCUCGAGUGCUCUGCCCUGACACAGCGCAACCUCAAGAGCGUGUUUGACGAGGCCAUUCGCGCCGUUCUCAACCCCCGACCCGUCCAGGUCAAGCAAAAGAAGUCCAAGUGUACGAUUCUCUAA